AUGAAGAGAAACCAAGAGGAGCCAAUUGAGGAGGACAACACUACUUCUCACCACCAUGAAAUCACCAAGGCAGCAGCGCAAGCGUGGCACGCCCGCCAAAGCACCUCCCGCCCCGCCACGUCAGAGUUUGACGCCCGGCGCCUCAAUUUCAAGGCCUGGCCAACGAGGUUCGGGGUUGAAGCGAUGAGGAAGGCGUUGACAAUGACUAACAAUGAACAACUGGAUUACAACAAUGGUGCUAUAAUAAGCAGUAUCGAUGCUAGGAAAUGGGAUUUCGGGGAAUCCCUUUGGGACUAUUAUGAGAUUGUGACGGUGGCCAAGAAAUUGGAGGUUGGGUUACUGCUGGACCACCCAUUUGCUUCUCCAUUGGAUGAGCCAAUCCGGAUUAGGAAGAAGGUGCACAAAGAGAGUAAGAAUAGCUUGAGGAAUUUGUUUAAUAAGAUUUCUUCCAAGAGAUUUAGUGGAAAUGAUGUACCACCUCAUUAA